UGAAGAGGUUGCUCGAUUCCCUUCUGCGCUUGGACUGGCUCCUUCGCCAUGCUGGCUGCUAGUGGGAUGCGCAUCCGACUCCAGCUUGGACGGCUUCUGGCUGAAGGGGGUCAUUUCAGUGGUCCUGUACACCGGCCUCUAGGACCUGGUAUCCUGGGCUCCACGGCAUUGUCCUGCACUGAUCAGAACAGAAGCCCCAGGGCAAUGGGCUCAACGGAGAAAAUGCUCAAAGUGCCUGGUGGACAUAAACCCUCAACAUUUGACAAGAAAAUCCUCCUGUGGACUGGUCGCUUCAAAACGGAAGAUGAGAUUCCUCCAAGGAUCCAGACAGAGAUACUGAAUGCUGCAAAGAACAAAGCUCGAGUAAAAGCCUGUUACAUUAUGAUUGGCCUCACAAUUGUGGCUUGCUUUGCUGUGAUUGCCUCUGCUAAAAGGGCUGUUGAACGGGCUGAGUCCCUAACAAGCUGUACCCUAGCCAAGAGGUAUGAAGAGGCUACCACACGGGCUGCAGAGGAAAAGGCAAAAUAGAGUGGCCUGCUAUUGAAACCUGAGGUGUGCUGGGAAGGAAGAAAUAAAACACACAAAACUAGCAGAGUUAGUAAAAACCUACCCUCUGGGAAAACAUGGAAGUUACAUGCAACUUAACUUUGCUACAUUUGCACUUGUGUAACAAAUAUAGGAUGAGAUAGGAUUGUCUUUUUCUGUCACAAGUGUCUAAUUAAGGGACUAAAUGAAUCAAGUUCAGCUGCAAGGUUGCUCUGAAGGGCUUCAUUGACUAUUUGCUUCUAUUUGACUGAACAAUGCUACUGUUUAUGCAGUUAAAACCUGGGAACACAGAACUCCAUCGCCCAUAACAGCAAGUUUUCUCAUUGGAAUUUAUUGUUCAACAGAUGUCAUCCCGAUAAAUCAACAGGUUAUAUAUUAGCAUUCAUCAGAUAAAACUGGAGAAGUUUCCAUCUUCCCAAGGCUAAAGAGUUGUUUUAUUUCUUAAAUAAAAAGCAGGAUUAUCUGUGAGCUGGUUUUUAUACUCUUCCAUUUUACAGGGAAAGGACUGCAAAGGGAAAAAAUGAAUAGCAGGGAAAGAAC